UUGGGUACAUGUAUAGAAUUGAUUGAAUACUCAUUUAUGCAUAUUUAUUAAACUCGCUUGACUGUCAUUCCUGUGUCUCUCACACAAUAUAAUGUUAAUAGGAUUUUUAAUUAAAUAAUUCGGGCUAUAGUCUAACCUAGCCCAGACUUAGAUUUCCCGAAGUUGAUUGUGUUAAAAUGCUAAAGUUCUUCUAGUUAAAGGGUUUAAAACGUGACUCAUAUCAAGUCCGCUUUGGACCAGCUACUCUUGUGAGAGACCGUCUCUCAAAGAAAUGACCUCAAAACAAAAAUCCCACACUCUUAUUCUCUCUUUAAUUUGUAUUAAUUGGGCCAUUUAGCCCAUAUAUCUAAUGCGUCUUUUGAAAAGACUGUCUCUCAAAACAAUUUUUGGCUUUGGACAAGGGUAGGAUCUGAGCAGCAAUGCAACAUUAAUAUAAAAAUAAAUAGAAAAUCUAUAUAGCUCGUCUUGUAUAAAAUCGUCUCGCCAUGAAAAAGGUCUAUACAAAAGAUUUAUUAUUAAAAAAAAUUAAAAAAACAAUAAAAACUGAGUUUCCACUUAUACAGUAAGUAUUUUUUAAAUAAUUUAGACUGUCUAAUAAAAAACAUUUUACAAUAAAAUUGGCCUCAAUAGUGAAGUAGAGAAACUCGUAUAAGGAUUAAGGAAUGACACUCAAAAUUGGGUGUGUGCCAAAAGGGCAUGAGUCAUGAGACCAAACUCUAAUUUCAUCCACUUUACAUGGAGAAGUAGUGGGCCCAUGUGUUAUACAAAAGUGGAAAAGUGGGGAAAGUGCUCACAAGAAUAAGGCGGGUGUUUCUUUUAAACCAAAAUAGAACACUAAACGAAAAGCACCAUCCAUCACCAAACACCCUCUUAACCGUUCUCAACUGCUCUUUCCCACUUUCCAUUACUCCUUAUUUUCCUUCUUUUUACCAUUCACAUACCAACAAAAACUCAUUCUUCAUACAAAAUCAUGAAUUGGGGAAGGAAGAAAAAACCUUCAUCAUCAACUAAUCAUCCCCAUUUGAUUUCUCAUGUCUUUCCCCUCUCAUGGAUUUCCAAAUUCAAACGAAAACCCGAUAAAUCGAGCUCAACUACACCCAAAACAAAUCAAAAUGAGAAACAAGUUUUGCAUAGGGUGAAUUCAUCAAAAUCACCAAAAAAUCCUAUUAUUCCUUCUUACUAUUGGGAUAGUAAGUUAUACACACAAGAUGAUGAUGGGUUUUGGAGACUUUCAUCAAAUAAGGAAAAUAUAAGUGUCAAAGAAGCUAUAACAAAGAAAAAGACACAAAAUUCUAGAGUUAAGAAGCCUGAUAUUGCACCAAAAAAAAGCAGAACAAGUGAAGAAGUAACCAACGAAAGCCUAAAAAGGACUUAUAGGAGAAUCAUGGAAGCAACACAAGAACUACAUAGGGAGUUGGAUGAGGUAAAUGGGUAUAAAAAGUCUGAAUUUGAUCUUGUACAUGUAAUGCAAAUGAUGGGUCGAAAUCAAAUCGACUUGGGUAAAAACCCGAGUUCAAUUUCGAGGGAUUUUGAGAGAUCGGAAUGGAAAAAAUUGAAGGAUGCUAAGAUAAAAGAGAUACUUUUUAAGAAUGAGAAGCAGAGGAAAUCUUUUCAUAUUGGUAAUGGGACUAGUAAGACUAGUAAGGUAAGAGUAAAUUCUCCUAGGACACCUUCAAAGAUGGAACCUUGCAAGAUAAAAGCAUUGGAAAACAUGAAGAAAGCAAAGAUGAAGAAGAAGAUGAAGGAAUUAGAAUUGGAGGGUAAAUCAGAAAGUAUAGGGAGUUUUGCUGUUGUGAAAUCGUCGAGCGAUCCGAAGCAGGAUUUUAGAGAAUCAAUGGUGGAGAUGAUUAUGGAGAAAAGGAUUAGAAGGCCGGAAGAGCUUGAGGAAUUGUUGGCUUGUUAUCUUACUUUGAAUGCUGAUGAGUAUCAUGAUGUUAUCAUAAGAGUGUUUCGACAAGUUUGGUGCGAGUUGGAAGAUGCUGAGUUAGUGUAACAUAAUUCGCCACCUAAUUCGCUUGAAAUGAACAUACAUAGCCUAAAACCAACCAUGAGAAGAGUAGUGUUUGGUUUGAAGAUAUUGCAAGUUCUAAGUCCUAACAUCAUGUAAAUAGGAGUGUUUUGAUGUGUUUAUGCUUUAACCUUUGAUUAUGUUCAAGAAUCAAGAUGUUUCCUUUGAUUAACUAGAAGAUACAAAUCAUACUCUUGAAA